AUGCUUGAAUUUCCCAAGAAAACCUACCUUCCUCUCAGUAUUCCUCCCAUUACUCCUGCUGCUACUCCCACACCUGCUGAUCCUGCUGCUGCUGCCAGUCCUGCUGCUCCAGAAGCUGCUGAUCCUGUUGCUUCAGAUGCUGCUGUACCUGAUGCUGCUGAUCCUGUUCCCAUUGCCCCAGAUGCUGCUGAACCCGAUUCUGCUGGCCCUGAUGCUGCUGGUUCAGAUGGUCCUGGGCCUGAAGAUCCUGAUCCAGAUGCUCCUGGUCCUGGAGGUCCUGGUCCAGAUGAUGGUGGACCUGAUACUGCUGCUCCAGAUGCUCCUGAUCCUGAAGGUCCUGGUCCAGAUGAUGCUGGACCUGAUACUGCUGCUCCAGAUGCUCCUGGUCCUGAAGUUCCUGGUUUAGAUGAUGGUGGACCUGAUACUGCUGCUCCAGAUGCUCUUGGUCCUGAAGGUCCUGAUCCAGAUGAUGCUGGACCUGAUACUGCUGCUUCAGAUGCUCUUGGUCCUGAAGGUCCUGGUCCAGAUGAUAGUGGACCUGAAGGUCCUGAUCCAGAUAAUGCUGUAUCUGAUGCUGCUGCUCCAGAUGCUCCUGGUCCUGAAGGUCCUGAUCCAGAUGAUGGUGGACCUGAUACUGCUGCUCCAGAUGCUCCUGGUCCUGAAGGUCCUGGUCCAGAUGAUGGUGGACCUGAUACUGCUGCUCCAGAUGCUCCUGGUCCUGAAGGUCCUGGUUUAGAUGAUGGUGGACCUGAUACUGCUGCUCCAGAUGCUCCUGGUCCUGAAGGUCCUGGUUUAGAUGAUGGUGGACCUGAUACUGCUGCUCCAGAUGCUCCUGGUCCUGAAGGUCCUGGUCCAGAUGAUGGUGGACCUGAUACUGCUGCUCCAGAUGCUCUUGGUCCUGAAGGUCCUGAUCCAGAUGAUGCUGGACCUGAUACUGCUGCUCCAGAUGCUCCUGGUCCUGAAGGUCCUGGUUUAGAUGAUGGUGGACCUGAUACUGCUGCUCCAGAUGCUCUUGGUCCUGAAGGUCCUGAUCCAGAUGAUGGUGGACCUGAUACUGCUGCUCCAGAUGCUCUUGGUCCUGAAGGUCCUGGUCCAGAUGAUGGUGGACCUGAUACUGCUGCUCCAGAUGCUCCUGGUCCUGAAGGUCCUGGUUUAGAUGAUGGUGGACCUGAUACUGCUGCUCCAGAUGCUCCUGGUCCUGAAGGUCCUGGUUUAGAUGAUGGUGGACCUGAUACUGCUGCUCCAGAUGCUCCUGGUCCUGAAGGUCCUGGUCCAGAUGAUGGUGGACCUGAUACUGCUGCUCCAGAUGCUCUUGGUCCUGAAGGUCCUGAUCCAGAUGAUGCUGGACCUGAUACUGCUGCUCCAGAUGCUCCUGGUCCUGAAGGUCCUGGUUUAGAUGAUGGUGGACCUGAUACUGCUGCUCCAGAUGCUCUUGGUCCUGAAGGUCCUGAUCCAGAUGAUGGUGGACCUGAUACUGCUGCUCCAGAUGCUCUUGGUCCUGAAGGUCCUGAUCCAGAUGAUGGUGGACCUGAUACUGCUGCUCCAGAUGCUCCUGGUCCUGAAGGUCCUGGUCCAGAUGAUGGUGGACCUGAUACUGCUGCUCCAGAUGCUCCUGGUCCUGAAGGUCCUGGUCCAGAUGAUGGUGGACCUGAUACUGCUGCUCCAGAUGCUCUUGGUCCUGAAGGUCCUGAUCCAGAUGAUGCUGGACCUGAUACUGCUGCUCCAGAUACUCCUGGUCCUGAAGGUCCUGGUUUAGAUGAUGGUGGACCUGAUACUGCUGCUCCAGAUGCUCUUGGUCCUGAAGGUCCUGGUCCAGAUGAUGCUGGACCUGAUACUGCUGCUUCAGAUGCUCCUGGUCCUGAAGGUCCUGGUUUAGAUGAUGGUGGACCUGAUACUGCUGCUCCAGAUGCUCUUGGUCCUGAAGGUCCUGAUCCAGAUGAUGCUGGACCUGAUACUACUGCUUCAGAUGCUCUUGGUCCUGAAGGUCCUGGUCCAGGUGAUAGUGGACCUGAAGGUCCUGAUCCAGAUAAUGCUGGAUCUGAUGCUGCUGCUCCAGAUGCUCCUGGUCCUGAAGGUCCUGAUCCAGAUGAUGGUGGACCUGAUACUGCUGCUCCAGAUGCUCCUGGUCCUGAAGGUCCUGAUCCAGAUGAUGGUGGACCUGAUACUGCUGCUCCAGAUGCUCCUGGUCCUGAAGGUCCUGAUCCAGAUGAUGGUGGACCUGAUACCGCUGCUCCAGAUGCUCCUGGUCCUGAAGGUCCUGGUUUAGAUGAUGGUGGACCUGAUACCGCUGCUCCAGAUGCUCCUGGUCCUGAAGGUCCUGAUCCAGAUGAUGGUGGACCUGAUACCGCUGCUCCAGAUACUCCUGGUCCUGAAGGUCCUGGUCCAGAUGAUGGUGGACCUGAUACUGCUGCUCCAGAUGCUCCUGGUCCUGAAGGUCCUGGUCCAGAUGAUGGUGGACCUGAUACUGCUGCUCCAGAUGCUCCUGGUCCUGAAGGUCCUGGUCCAGAUGAUGGUGGACCUGAUACUGCUGCUCCAGAUGGUCCUGGUCCUGAAGGUCCUGGUCCAGUUGAUGGUGGACCUGAUACUGCUGCUCCAGAUGGUCCUGGUCCUGAAGGUCCUGGUCCAGAUGAUGGUGGACCUGAUACUGCUACUACAGAUGCUCCUGGUCCUGAAGGUCCUGGUUCAGAUAAUACUGGGCCAGAUACUGUUGGCCGAGAUACUUCUGAUCCAGAUGAUGCCGGUCUAAAUACUCCUGGUACAGAUGAUGCUUCUACUGCUUCUUCUUGCCAUGAUUGA